GCACUACUCGAGGAGUAAGCUCACGAUUGGCUCAAAUAGAUAGAUCGCGACGCGCAUGUCGAACAUGUGUUCUUCCGUUUCGCGCCUAAAAUUGUUAGCGUACGAAGAAUACACAGUAGAAUACAUUGGUCUGUCAGGUCUCGAUUGUCAUGGAUCUCUCUACGUCGUUUGGGAAACUCUCUGCGGGAAACGGUAAUCGGUCUCCCCUAAAAAUGCCGAGCAAAGAAACUGCACGAGGAAAGAUGCACGUUAUCAAGCGCAAUGGACGCAAGGAGGAUGUUCACUUUGAUAAAAUUACUUCAAGGAUUGCCAAACAAUGUUAUAACUUGGAUAUGAACUAUGUAGAUCCAUCUGCUGUGGCGAUUCAAGUGAUUCGUGGUUUAUAUUCAGGAGUAACCACAGUCAUACUUGAUAAUCUUGCAGCUGAAACUGCAGCUACAAUGGCAACUAAUCAUCCUGACUAUGCUAUAUUAGCUGCAAGAAUUGAUGUGUCUAACUUACACAAAGAAACCAAGAAGAGCUUCAGUGAGGUCAUGCAUGAUUUAUAUUAUGCCAGGAAUUCUAUCACAAAUCAGCAUACUCCUAUAAUCAGCGAACAUUAUUAUAAUAUUAUUAAGAAUAAUGCGGAUAGACUAGAUUCUGCUAUAAUAUACGAUCGAGAUUUUAGUUAUAAUUAUAUUGGUUUCAAAACGCUCGAAAGAAGCUAUCUGCUGAAAAUCAAUGGCAAGAUAGUUGAGAGGCCUCAACAUAUGUUGAUGAGAGUAGCUGUUGGUAUUCACGAAAACGACAUUGACAAAGUUAUAGAAACGUACAAUUAUUUGUCUGAACGAUAUUUUACACAUGCUUCACCAACGCUAUUCAACGCUUGUACUAACAAUCAGCAGAUGUCUAGUUGCUUCCUUCUAACUCUCGAAAACGAUAGCAUAAAGGGUAUUUACAGCAUGCUAAAAAAAUGCUCGCUCAUUAGCAAAUACGCUGGAGGCAUAGGAAUUAAUGUUCAUUGCAUUCGUGCCAAAAGUGCAGAAGAUACGAAUACAACUAACGGUUUGGUUUCCGUUUUGAAGUUGUAUAAUGAAAUAGCUGUUUAUGUUGAUCAGGGAGGAAACAAACGACCAGGAGCAUUUGCUAUUUAUUUAGAACCAUGGCAUGCUGAUAUUUUCGAAUUUUUGGAACUUAAGAGAAACAUCGGCGAUGGAAAUAUGCGAGCCAGAGACUUAUUUUACGGUUUAUGGAUACCGGAUCUUUUUAUGGAACGUGUGUAUAACGACGAGAUGUGGAGCUUAAUGUGUCCAUAUGAAUCUCCCGGUUUGGCUGACGUUUGGGGCGAUGAAUUUAAAGAAUUGUAUAUUAGAUACGAGAAGGAAGGUCGCUACAGAAAACAAGUUGAGGCCAGGACUGUGUGGCUCGCCAUUCUCAGAUCUCAAGGAGAAACUGGAACACCUUAUAUGCUUUACAAAGAUCAUUGUAAUCGAAAAUCAAAUCACCAACAUUUAGGCACUAUCAAAUGCAGCAAUCUGUGUACUGAAAUUGUUGAAUAUUCUGGUCCUGGGGAAGUUGCUGUGUGCAAUUUAGCGUCUAUCGCUGUUAAUAUGUUUGUCAAUACAGACACCAAAACUUUCGAUUUCGAUAAACUUAAAACAGUGGCAAAAAUCGUUACUCGUAAUCUAGAUAAAGUCAUCGACGUUAAUUUUUAUCCUAUCCCAGAGACGAAAGCAUCUAAUCAAAAACACAGACCUAUUGGUAUUGGUAUACAAGGUCUAGCUGAUGCGUUCUUGUUAAUGCGAUAUUCUUUCGACAGCAAAGAGGCGAAGGAACUCAACAUUAAAAUCUUUGAGACACUCUAUUAUGGUGCGUUAGAAUGUAGUUGCGAAUUAGCUGCGGAAAAGGGUACUUAUGAAACAUAUCAAGGCAGUCCGGUUAGCAAAGGUAUCCUCCAAUACGAUAUGUGGAACGUUAAACCAACGGAUUUAUGGAAUUGGGAUGAAUUGAAAGCGAAGAUCGCGGAGCACGGAGUGAGAAAUUCACUUUUAAUAGCACCUAUGCCAACGGCCUCGACAGCGCAGAUUUUAGGGAAUAACGAAUCUAUUGAACCGUACACGAGCAAUAUCUACGUGAGGCGCGUAUUGUCUGGAGAGUUUGUCAUCGUCAAUCCGCAUCUACUGCGAGACUUGACUGCCAGAGGUUUAUGGGACGAAGACAUGCAAAACGAGAUUCUCGCGAACUUUGGAUCCGUUCAAAACAUCGAACGUAUUCCCGACGAUCUGAAAAUGCUUUACAAAACAGUAUGGGAAAUACCGCAGAAAGUAAUUCUCGAAAUGGCGGCUGAUCGGGGAGCUUUCAUCGAUCAGUCGCAAUCUUUAAACGUUCACAUAGGUGAUCCGACAACUGAAAAACUCACAUCGAUGCAUUUCUUUGGAUGGAGAAGUGGUUUGAAGACUGGUAUGUACUACCUAAGAACAAAACCAGCCGCAAAUCCUAUACAAUUUACAGUGGAUCAGUCGAAAUUACAAAGUCGCGAUUCCAUAUCAAGUGCUUCCAACACCAGCACCUCUACUAUUAAUAGCACUCCUAUUAAUAGCACUCCUAUUCAUCAGUCGCCCAACAAAGAUGUCAAUGGUGAUGACGAUGCCGAAAAACGAAAACAAUUGAGCCAGCAAGCGAGUAAAAACUUGGAAGCCAUGCUCGCUUGCUCGCGUAAGAAUAAGGAAGCUUGUACGGCAUGUAGCUCCUAAGUAUUUACUACUUUUAAGCUUUUAUCUCUUGUAUCCGAAAUAUGUUGUUUUUUUACUUUGUAAAUUAUGUAAACAGGAAUGUGCUUUGGGAGUGUAUAUUCUGAACUGAAUUGCAUUAUUAAAUUGAUAAAAGAUGUUUCGAUAAGUAUAUAGUACUAAAGAAAAAAAAAAUUUUUUUUUUAAAUUGUGAUUUUGUAAAUCUAAACACUAUUUUUAUAUAUACUUGUGUUUUCUAUAUGCGCAUAACGCGCCCAUUUUACUAGAAUAUUGAGAAAACAUGAAACUUUGUCAUUUUAAAUAAAACUUGGAAAAAAAUAUGCAAGAAAUAAAUAUAUUUUCAA